AAAACCGAUGAGGCACAAAAUGUGGACAGCAACAUAAUGGAGAAUGAGCACUUGUGGCCUUUUCAGAAAUUCGACAAUUGAAGGGUGCAUCACAUGCUGUUCGACAACGUUCUAUAAUUCGGCAUCGAUUUGGAAAAUUUCGAACAAGACGAACCGGCGCGACCACAAAUCGACACUAAAAAUCUACUAGUGCUCACAUCAACAUCUGCAGCAUCAGAACUGUUUGCUUCAUCAUCGCUUACAGCCGUGGGGGACAUGAAUGGCGGCGACAAUGAGUGGCAGCACGAACAGGAAGCAACAGCCCGUAUAAGCGGCAUCAUUAGCACAACUACAGCAGCAAUAACAACAAAACUACAAUCAACAUUUGGCAUAGCAACACAUGAGGCCGAGACUCACCACAUUCACCGCAUGCCAGAUGGCAAAAGCAGGGUGGCGAGACCAAGGCCACAGCGCCACCCGGUAAUCAUGUCACGUACGAAUGGCGCAUCAGUAAGACUGGCCUGACUUUUCGGAAGAAUUUCUGUCAAGGAGCCCAACAAGUUGGCGCUAGUAUUGGCUUAGCAAUUGUCGCAAUAUCGUCCCUAUGUCACGUUCAACUGAAUUGCAUUUGUUGCAUUUCGCGCUCGCCGAGUCAGCAUAUUUGUCCUGUGCAACUAGCUGCAAUCUGCCUACGUGGCGUAUGAGUAACCACUUUGUCAUUUGUACAGCAAUAAAUCCAUCGAUUAGCCAGCCUUACAAACGUCGCCCAAUCACUUUUGUACGCCUACGCUAUCACACGCCCACCCACAACGCCUUGGAGUCGCAUGUCGAGGCAGAUAUCGAGGUGGUUGACAACGCGUAUUGCGUGGAUUAUGGCCUGAGUAUUCCCGACACGUGCGAAGUGUGCGGCCAGGAGAAGUGUGCCAGUCGGCAGGCUGGCGAUUGGACGUUGUGUCAGCGUGCUCGCUGCUUCGGUCGCAAUACAGCCAUGCAAAAGCGUGAAGUCAAGUAUCGCUUUGUGAAUGGCACAGAGGCAACGGACGCCUGUAGUGUGUCACAGCGUUCCAUUAGUCACAUUAGUCGACAGGAUAGCACUCCUGAACGUUGCAAGGGUUUUUGACGUUUGGAGCCAUGGUCGAAGUGUAAAGCGCAAUGCGGUCACCAGGGAAUUAAAUACCGCAUUUUACAGUGUGUUUGGUAUGGCACAUGGCGACCGGCGGGCAAUGCGUGUCACCAUCAGUUGCGUCCUGCGGUAAUGAAAGUGCGUAAGAGUUCGCCCUGCUAUUCGAAAUGUGAGUAA